CUGCAAAACACACUUGGCAGACAACAGCGAACAGAGCGAACACAAUGGCACUCAGAGUUGUGGUUCUCGUCCUGCUGGCUUCAGUCCUCUGCAGCUACGCCGCAGCAAACAAAGAAGAGACCAUGGACUGCUGUCUGACAACCAGCAAGAAGCCGAUCCCCCGGAGCAUAGUGAAGUCGCACAGCAUACAGACGCUAAACGGAGGCUGCGGGAUCCCUGCAACACUAUUCAUCACUAAAGUGGGCAAAAGGUUAUGUGCUCCACCGGCCAGUGACAGCAGAUGGGUCGUGAAGCUGAUCAAGAAGCUGGGGAAAAAACCAUCGAAAUCACAGAGGCAGAAAAAAGGAAGUAGACCCUAGAACAGCACAAGACUCCAGUGGUCUGAGGUCAGAAGUGCCCCCAGUCUUUAUGGUGACUGACACAACAGAUUCUGGAGCCGAAGAUCAUCAACUUGAUAUAUCAUGGCUGGGCAGCUUUGCAGUAUUGGGGAGCAUGGAUAACAUCAACACUCUACAGCAGAAGCUGUAGAAAAAUCCAUGAAUUCGAGAAUGAACUGAACUGAGAAUGUUUCUGUUUGUGCUGAACAGUUGAUAAUAAGCUUUGUGAAUUAGUUUGUCUCUGCUGUGCAAAGGGAAAUAUUUUGGUGGGGUAAGGUUGUGUCACCUGGUGUUUUCUGAGCCAAACAAAAAGUCACCCCAAGUUCUC